AUGGAGCGCAAGAGGAGCAAGCGGGAGAGGCGCGAGACGACGCGACCGGUGGACGCCUUGAGGACCUUGACGGUGCCGCUCGGGUGGUUGUCGCCGCCGUUCAGCACCGCCGCCGCCAGCACCCACGCCGUCGCCCGCUCCCGCUCCCGCUGCCGCUUCGCCCCCUGCCGCAACGCCGCCGCCAGCGACCACGCCGCCGCCCGCUCCCACGCCUUCACAGCCGCCCUCUGCCACUUCGCCGUCACCGUCGGCGACCCCCGCUCCUGGCCAGCCGUCCUCUGCCUCUUCGCUGUCACCGUCGGCGACCCCAGAUCCAGACCAGCCGCCGCCGCCGCCGCCGGACCCCGCGAUGCCCCCGCUUACGGCUCACGCCAUGCGGCAGCUUCGCCCGGGUACAAAGGCCGAGGGUAUGACAGACCCGCGGCUGCCAAGCCGUACGAGAUCGGGCACAAGGCACAGCACAGGACUCAUCUCGAUGCUAGACAAGAAUACUCUGGUGUCGAUGCUGGAGGCUCGGAGCGCGGUGGACGAGGACGUAGGGAGCUGGGGGGGGCGGAGGUCGGAGAGCCGGGAGGAGCGGGGACCGGAGGGCAGGCGGAAGCACUCGCAGCGGCGGACCCGGGGGCUGCAGGAGCGGGCUUUCCACUCGCAUUUGCCACGCUCCUCGCCAACCGGGAAGACAUCGACGCCACGCUGCGAGACCAGCGCCCGCCGGAGCAACGCCCUGACCUUCCGCAUUGCCAGGCCAGCGACCUUCGUGUCCCCAAGAGCUACAAAGAGGCCAUGGCGUCGGAGCACCGGCACUUUUGGAGCGACUCUAUGCAAAGGGAGUUUUAUGGCUUGUUGGAAGCGGGGACUUUUACUCCGGCGAAGUUGCAAUUAGUGGAGAACGCAAUUAACGCAUGGGGGGAUUCGAUUGGAAGGCAGAUGAGUUUGGAUGGCCCACUAAGGAUGUUGGCUGCUUUGGCGUGCGAGUUGAACCUCGACUUGUGUCAUUUCGAUGUUGAGCAAGCUUUUGUGCGUUCGGAGUUGGAGGAAGACGUGUACAUGCGUUUGCCGCAGGGAUGUGGAGCUCUAUCUGGAAUGAUUGUAAAACUAGGCAAGAGUCUGUAUGGCUUGAGACAGGCAUCUAAGCAGCGGCAUGCAAUGCUGAAGAGGUUGACGAUUUCUCAGCAGACUUUCACGGAUGAGCUAGCAGCAGAAUAUGCAAUAGUGGGAGCUUGCGGGGGUACGCUGAUGCGGACUUUGCAAGCAAGGCAGCAGACCUCGGUAUCAGGGGGGAUCGUGAUGUGUGGAGGAGGCGCUGUGUCUUGGUUUUCCAGAACGCAGAAGUGUGUCACGCUUUCGACCACCGAAGCAGAGUACGUCGCGCGAGGUGACGUAGUGAAGGAGAUUUUGUUUUUGAGGCAGAUUUGGCGUUUCAUGUUGCCGCAAGUCGGCAUGCCGUGCAUCCCCAUCUUCGAGGACAACCAGAGGGCGAUUCAACUAGCGCAGAACCCCAUCUCAAACUCGAACUCGAAGCACAUAGAUGUAAGGCACCAUUUUCUCAGGGAACUCGUAGAGAGGAAGGAAAUUUCGGUCAUCCACGUGCCGUCGCCGUACCACCGUGCAGACUUUCUUACGAAGAGUUUGUCGAAGGAUGCUUUCGAGUCUCACCGCGCAGUCACGGGGACCCUUUGGGCGUGGUCGGUGCGAUGA